UAAAGUGAAACUUUCCUUUCGAUUACAUCGUUUCAACUGUUUUCAUUUGUCUAUCCGCCAUUUUGAAUCUUUAUGCAGGUUACCGCUGAGCACUGUUCGUUAUUCCAUGUUCCUCGUUUCCUCGUCAUUCUAUACUUCAGUAACGUCUUUCCAUGACUUACCACAACAUAUUUAUUCAAAUAUAAAACUCAACACCUUUCCUAUUUUAAAAUCACCGUGACAUAAUUGCUCAUGGGAGGACAAAGGCGACAGCCUUGAAACAAUAGUCGUGCAUGAGACCUCUACCGAACAGACAGUGCGAGACGAAAUUGUUGAUGUCAAUGAUGAACUACAAGAAGUUGCUCAGGAUCAGGAAGUAAUUAUUCCGUCUAAAGAAGCAAGUCAAAUAUCAAAAAAAUUCAUUAUUACAUUAAUUGCAUUUCUAAAACGAUUAAAAAUUUAUGCACCUGUUCCUCUAUUUGCGCGCUGAAAUUAACCAAGCGGACACCGAGGGUCUCAAUGGUGUGAUGGCUUUUACGGCUAAUGGUUAAAAUUUCGCUAUUUUACGGUUAAUGAUUAACAUCUGACCAUUGUCGUCACCAGAUAUUUUCUUACUGUUAAAUUUUAUUCCGAGCAAUGAUUAAAAUUAGUCAAUUUUUACGCUUGACGGCAAAAUUUUUAGGCUGUUUUACAGCUAACGGUUUACCCCAUUGUGAUUCCCCAAUCCCCCAUCCGAUUGAUAAAGGGAAAGAGCCCCCAGUCACUCUCCAAUGGAGCGGAAUAUUUACUAGAUAAAACCCUUUAUUUGUGUAAACAUGUCUGUUGUGUUUCAUGCGCAUCAAUACUUAAAUCGAAUGCUCGUGUUUUCAAUCGGGAUAUAACCAUCAAGCGCAGGAGCACUAUGCCAACUCUCAGCUUAAUUCUUCCUUCUGUCUCGCUCUCCGCACUAAGUAAUAGUUGAUUACCAGAGUCCAAUUUCUUAAUUGGGCACGGGCCUACUUCUUAAUAAAUCUGACAGAAUUAGACAGCUGAAUUGGGGCUUAAAGUAUAAACACGUCGUCUCUUUUGAAAGUUUUCAGAGGUUAUUAUAUUAUUUACAAUCAAGUCGUUAUCUUAGCACAAAGAAUCGCCCCAAAGAAGACCUUAGUCUUACUUCAAUAUAUCAAAUAUCAGAGUUUGAACUUAGGACAAUAAUUGGCCUAUUUUCUCUUAUGAUAGUGACACCGAUUCCACCAAUGUUGAAAGAAAACAAAGAAAUAUGUGCAUAAUAUAUUCAAGUUCUACUAGUAACGUCGUCUCUAACAGAAAAAUGCUCAGAACCGAGAGUAAAAUUUAGAAACUGAUUUAGAUACAAAGCGUGGAACUCACUAAAACUAUAACGAAAGCUCUUUUAUCGAACAUGAAUAGAUUUUUGCACACAAAGCAGGGUAAUUGUUUCAAUUCAUUUACUUCAGAUAUACAUCUUUGAAUAUUCUUUCCUUACUUUCUUUCAACAGAUUGCAUACAUUACCAUGCGCUAACGCUAACCCGAAAUUUGAAAAAUCAUGUAAAUAAGAUCUUCAAUAGGCGACUCGUUCUUUCCAAAGGGUGUUCAAUUUCCUAGCAACGCGCAUCGUAUCAUUUGAGCGUUACGCACGAUUCGCAAGUCAUCGAUUUUCUUUCCCACAUUUUGCUCUCGUCGCUCUGUUUAGAAUUCGAAACUUCAACCAACAUGACUGUAAGACGAAUGCGAAUGACAAGGAUUUUAAAAUCUAUCCCAUUACUAAUAUGCCUGCUGGUGCUGUGUUUGAUCGGUUAUUUUACCUUGGAGUCGUACUCUACAGAGCAGGUAAAUAUACGAAAGACUCAACAAACUGAUGAAGAACAAGAUUUUAGUAAUUUGGAAAAGGACCUGACUGACUCAAAAAUGGAAUCCAAUGAUGGAUCAAAAGCAGCAAGGAAAAAUCUUAUCGUCGUUUCACACGGUCGAUCAGGUUCCACACUCAUGGGAGAUAUUUUCAAUCAUCAUCCUUCUGUAUUUUACAUGUAUGAGCCUUUACAGUCCGUCGAAAGAGUCCAUACGAAUCUGAAGCCUGGAUCGGAUUACAAUGACCUCGCCAAAGAGUUUCUAUCUGGCAUUUUUCAGUGUAAAUUCGACUCUCCCGAAUUAUUAGCGGAUAUCGAGCAUUUUUAUCGCAAACCGGAUCAUCCACGUGUCAGUAAAGCCAUUGCAUCGCCACCUUUAUGUCCUUACAGUACUUCUGAUGAAAGGUGGGAUCAACACCUUUGUCCUGCCAUGACUAGCGAGUCUUUGGGAAGCACGUGUAAGGAGCAUUACGAAAUGACAGUGUUAAAGGUCCUCGUAAAUCGUGUACCCGAUAAUAACAUCGGAAGUAUUUUAGGAGCAUGCGACACAAUGGAUACUAACUGCAGAAUUAUAUUCCUCGUAAGAGAUCCCAGAGCUGUAAUCGCUUCCGCGCUCAGCGUGGGGUUCUUCAAAGACAACCGGGGAGAUUCUUCAAGGCUGGGAACUCGAGAAUUUAGCUACUGGACCUGUAAGGAGACUGAAGACAACUUGGAAUCUAUAAGAAAACUGCCGAAGUCUCUGCGCAACCGGAUCAAAUUCCAACGCUACGAAGACCUAGCACUGGACCCGUUGAAAGAACUUUCAGCUCUCUACGAGUUUGCUGGGUUGUCUGUCCUGGAUAGUGUGAAGACUUGGCUUAACGAGACAACACGGCAGAGCAGGAGUGCCUGUAAUCAUGCACAGGACGGAGAACAAGCUACAUGCACCAAGGAUGACGCAUGGCUGGCAGCAAACCGCUGGAGAUGGAAAGUGCACCCUCAUGAAAUUGAUGUUAUUGAACAUUACUGCCGAGGUGUGAUGCUUCUAAUGGGUUACAGACCUGUAGACAGGUCACAUGAAUUACUGGCUAAUGUAAAGAUACCUCUUUUCAGCCGCAAUUUUGAAGCAAGGAACUGGUUUUAACGUUGAAAAUAGUCUGCGCAGGUUCCUCCAUCGUAGGUCUGCCUACAGAAUUAAUUGCACUGUUCUUAAAUUCAAAUUUAAACAAGCUUUUCCGAGUCCAUGGAAUAAAAUGUUACAUAUGUAACGAUACUAUGGAAGGAAAAUUGAACAAAUGAGAAGAGUGAGCACUUCGACACCUGCACCACCACGGAGCCAUGUGACAGCCUUUUACACAAUUAAAAUGAAUACAUACGUUCUACAGCGUGUGAACCAUAGGGAUCAAUCUGGAUCAACGUAGCAGAAGCGCCAGACUAGUGUCUGAGAGGCAAGGCUCGAAUCCACUCGAAGAUUUUAAUUUCUUGUUGGAAUCGCGGCACUACUCCUAUAACAACAUUCUGUGAUUCCUUAUCAAUCAUUAAAACAAAACAGAAAGCCUGCUGAGUCUAAUUAUCUUUUUUUCACGAACGACCGCACCAAACUUAUCACAAUGUGCAUGCUCUUAAAUCUCCAAGCGACUCGUUAAACCU